UCUGAACUCUCCGGUUGAGUCCGUCGUUGGUUCGAGCGAGGCGGAGAGCGAUGAAGAGGAGUUCAUAGCUGGACUCACUCUCCGAAUGGCUUGCUCUACUCUGGACGACGGUUUCAAAGCCACCGACUCUGCUUUCGCCUCCGAAAACGGCAAGCCAUGGACUUUGUCCCGUUCUCCCCAAUCGACCCUCUGCGCGCUUGGCAGUGGCUGUGGCUGCGAGAGCCGCGGAAGCCCUAACGAAGCUCACUCCCGAGUCCCCUCUCCUCCGCCGCCGCGUCCGUCGGCGGCGACUUGGGAUCUCCUCAACGCCGCCGCCGGCGAAGUCGCCAAGAUGCGCUUGAUGAGCCAGAACAACAACAACAACAACGAAGAAGAAGAAGAGUAUUACAAACUCUUCCGUAGCGGCGGUCUUUUGAAUGCUCCAAGAAAAACCCCUCUUGCAAACCCUAGCGCCGAGUUUUUCCUCAACCACGCCAUUUCUCAAAAACAAUUACAAUUUCAGCAACUGAGGCAACAACAGAUGAUGAAGCAGCAGCAACAGAGCUCGGCGAUUUGGGGGAACAACACUCCAGCGACGUUGGCGGCAGAACGGCAGCAACAGUUGGUUCAACAGCUUCGCCAGAACUACCAGACGGGGGUGCAGAACAAAGCACGGAACCACCAAAACGCUCGUUCUCUGGGCUUGUCUCCAUCUGCAUGGCCUCCUCUGCAGCAGCAACAGAGACGGGAAAACGUGUCGGGCAUGAGAGCGGUUUUUCUCGGAAACCCGUCGAGGAAAAAGGAAUGCACCGGCACCGGCGUCUUCUUGCCCCGUCAAAUCGGUACCCAACACGAAUCCCGAAGAAAGCCAGCUUGUUCAACGGUUUUGGUACCGGCGAGGGUUGUGCAGGCACUCAACUUGAACUUAGACGACAUGUGUGGUGCACAGCCACAGAUUCAGCCUCGUUUUAAUGGAAGCUUCACUCCAGACACCGAUGUGGCUCUACGAUUAAGGAGUAAUAAUGUCGUUUCUCAUCAGAAGCGCAACUUGGCCAGGAGUCAGCCACAAGUUAACCAUGAGAUUCGGCUACCACAGGACUGGACUUACUAAUUUGCUUUUGUGUUUUUUAGCUGGAUGGUUUAGGAAGAAAAGGAUAAGAAAAUUGGAAAAGGUUUUUAGGGGGUUACUAGUUUGCUAUAUAGAUUAUUAGCAGUAGAGAGAGAAUAGGGGAAGAAAGAAAAAAAAGAGAAGGAAAAAGUAAGAAAGAAUGAUGAAGAAAAUGAUGUUAAUUCUGUUAUUUUGGGUUAGGAUUAGGUGAUAAUAAAUCCUUUUGUUCUUGUGGGGAUUAAUGUUCGUAUCUCUAGGCAAAUGAUGUGGUGUGGACUCCUGUUGUCCCUCUUUUGUUUUUGUGUUAGGGAUGAUGGUGAUAAGUUGGGUUAUCUUUUGAUUCAGCCAAAAAAAAAAAAAAAAAGGGUUAUCUUGAAAAUGUCUCUGGGUUUUUGAGCGUUUCAUUGUUGCUUUUGGUUCCCAACUUGUCCACUCACCUUUGGCCUUGGAAUAUUAAUAGUACUACAGUAAUAAUAAAGGGGUAUAUUUCUCGGUU